UAGAAACAUGGCGGCACAAAAUGGCGACUUCCACGUAAGGGGACCCUCUGUGUAUGUAGAUAAAAACGUCUCAUUCUAAGAUAAUAAAAACAUAACGGUUCAUUAAAGGUCUUUAUACACCCCUGAUAAUAUAGUUUUGUAUAUUAUUUUGCAUUUCUGUCAAGAGGUCCUCCUAAAAAUUACACACUGCACCUUUAAGUGCAGAUAUCACCUAAUUUGCAUUUAAAAUGACACAGCACGUUUUUGCUCACACCUACAAAAUGGUAAUUUUAACAUGUUAUAAUAAAUUAUCUAUAUGGUAUUUUGAGCUAGAACUUCACAUACAUACUCUGGGGACACCAACAAUUUAUUUUACAUCUUAAAAAAGACUUACCCUUUAAAAAAUUAACUUACUUUGUGUUGGCUGACAAGGUACUAAAAUGUUUUAUGGUCAAGUUUUAAGCAGAGAUUUCUUACUGUAAAUCAAAUCAUCAAUUAAAGAAAAAGAAGAAAAAAGUCAGUCGUGUUUAUAAGUUAAUCCACUUUUAAGAUUCAGAAAGCUGAUUGAAUAAAGCUGUUGACCUAUUUUGGGCUGUUUUAACAUUCGUGGAAACCACAAGACGCUUAAAGGGUUAAUGGAAAAUGUGAUUAUCCCAUCUUGUGAUCCCAUUUCCAGCCAUGAAAAAAGUAUUUUAUUGUUGCAGAGUGGGUCAUAUAUGCAAGCACAUACUCAGAAACCAUCUCGGUACAGAUCUGUCUGGAGAGCCUGCAAAUUGAAUUGUAGCAUUGACCAUUAUGUGUCCUGAUGCCGUGGGGGUGGGGUACCGACCGUAUUGAGGAGUGUGAGAGCAGUGUCAUGGAAACUGGGUCCCCGACUUCUGGGGGUCCUGAUGUUGUACUUGGCCUCCAAAGACUCUCUUUUGCCUACCAGAACCUCUCUGAGAUUCCCUAUGACACCAUUCUUCUCCAACAGGACACCCUGGAGGUCCUGGACCUCAGUUAUAAUUUGUUGGACGACCCAGCUCUUUUGGGGGGGCUGGAGAAGCUCAGCACACUCAUCCUGGAUUGCAACAACUAUAAUGCACAUGUGAAAUUCCCCUACAUGCCCAGCCUCACCACUUUAUGGAUCAACAAGAACAAAAUCAGCAACCUUCCUAUUAUUGUGGAAGAGAUCAGCUGCAAAUUUCCAAACAUCAAAUUUAUUAGUAUGAUGAACAAUGAAGCAGCACCCAGUUACUUCAAUGGAGGUAGCCUAACCCAAUAUAUGGAUUACAGGCAGUAUGUGAUCAGUCAAAUUCCCAGUCUGGAGGUGCUGGAUGACACAGAGGUGCAGGAAAAAGAACGAGCGCUGGCCCGGAAAACCUACAGGAUGCAGAGAAUCAGAGAAGGCAGCAGAAAGAGGAAGGAGCUUCAUCGCUGACAACAGAUUGUUAAUCAUAUCAUAAGCUUUAUCCAUGCUGUAUACGAAACUAUUUGCAAUCCAAGUACUUAUUCCAGACUGAAAGCCUGUUGACAGCCCUUAUGAAAAUUAAUAACUAUGAGUAAGCAUGUUUUUUGGAGUAAUAAUCAUAAUGGGCAAAACCCUGGAUUUGCUACAUUUAUCAUAGUUUAUCCAUGGUUUUUAUUAUAAUUUUUUAUUAAAAUAAUUGGGGCAUAACAAUAAUUAUUUUAAGCUAACUAUGGUUUAUAGUAGGCUAACCAUGUUUUUUUUACUUGAUCUGUUCUAAAACCAUGUUUAAUUUUCGUAAGGAGAACAGAAUUUAAUUAUGAACCAAAACAUGUUUGCACUUUGAUUUGAAGCUACAACAAAUAAAUAUUAAAUGUGUUUGACUGAACAAAUAAACUGUGUUUUAAAAUUAUAAAAUGUGUGGUUGGAAAAACAUAAAAUAAUCUUUGCAGUAGGUAACUUUUAAGUGCAGAAAUGCCAUAUUCAAUCUAUUAUAUAUACAGUACUGUGCAAAAGUCUUAAACCACCAUGCCACAAUUAGAUUUGUUGUUUUUGCUCAUGUUAUAGUGAUCAUAUUUAAUUGUUCCUCAGUCUCUUUAUUAGAAUACAACCAGAAAAUACAGGAAAUGUGUAUGUAAUAUUAAAAACAAAAUAAAAGUAUAAGCUGAAGUGUCAAGUAUUUAGGGUAAACUCCCCUUUCACUUGAGCAAUAGCAGGCAGCUGCAGGAUCUCUUAAACCUAAAUUAAAUUAAAUCCUAAUUUCUAAUUCUAAUCAAAUGACUUUAGGUCUCAAGAUGUGUUUCAUGCCAAGAGGUCACACUAAAUACUGACUGAUGUUUAAAGAAGACAUUUAGUUCUAAAAAUUGUUUUGUUUUUAAUGUUGUGUAUAUUUCCUGUGUUUUCUGUUUGUAUCUUAAAAAUAGUUAAUAAAAUAAACAUGGAUGGACAUAAAAAUUGUGCUAAAACAACAAAGCUGCGGAUGGUGGCCUAAGACUUUUGCACAGUACUGUAUAGAGACGGUUUCAUCGGACGCACGUGAUACACGUCUGGAUCCGAACUUUAUUUCCGGUUUCAUAUUUUUAAUGGUCUGACUAGUUGCUAAACUGAUCUCUUAAAUAAAUGCCUCGUCGAAAA